AUGCUUGAUUGUUCUGUUACUGUCCUUCGUCCACUUUUGAAUCCCCUCACACGUACACACACCUUUUCUCUCCCUCUCUUUCUCCCUCUCUCUCUCUCUCUCUGUCUAUCUCCCUCUAUCUAUCUCUUUCUCUCUCUGUCUCUCUCUCCCUCCCGACCCUUUACCACGGUUUUUACAACAAUUCACAAACUCAAAUUUCCUCCCCGUCAUUUUCAGAGCAAGCAAGCAAACACUCCCCCACACCGAUCCAACGUCGUCCACCUCGCUCGCUCGCUCACUCAAUCACUCACUCACUCACUCAAAGCGAUCUCCAAUUUACUCGGAAAGAAAACCACUGCGACCACCCUUUUAAAUACAUCCCAUCCUUUUUUUUUUCUUGGGAAUUUUCUCGUUCUAUUCUUCUCCCACCCAUCCCCAUUUCAUUACCCGACAAGUCUUUUCAACAUCAUAUUUGUUCAAUACCUCUACUCUUCUCCCCUCUCUAUGUUUUAUCAUCAUCAGCGUCUACAUCCUCUUUCAAACAUUCCACUUCUCCUUCUCCUCCUCUUCUAG